GUUCAUGCUCCGGGAAUGAAGUGUCAUUAGGACAAAUAAAACAGACGCAGGAGGGAAAAGCAAAGUGGUGAGAGUUAAAAAGAGAGAGACAGAAAGACGACACCAAGCAUUUUGAUUACAUCAGAUCUGGUGGGAGAAAUAACACUAGCUCUCUGGAAUAGCCAGCCUUCUGGGCAUUUGUUUUGUUCAUUACUUCUGGAAAAGGAGGACGAGUGUAUGUAUAUGGAUAUAUAUCUGUGCGUGUUUAUAAAACAUUUCAGUUGAACUUCCGCCUUUCCGCUGCUGCUGCUGCUGCUGUGACUUUUUUCUGUCAUGGUAAAAGAAAAAGUGGCCCAUCCUCAGGACCCUCAUCACUCCACAGAGAAGCCAGUCAUCCACUGCCACAAAUGUGGGGAGCAAUGUAAAGGAGAAGUGCUUCGAGUCCAGGCCAAGCAUUUUCACAUCAAGUGCUUUACCUGCAAAGUGUGCGGGUGUGAUUUGGCUCAAGGAGGCUUUUUCAUUAAGAAUGGAGAAUACCUUUGUACUGUGGAUUACCAGCGGAUGUAUGGGACCCGAUGCAAUGGCUGUGGGGAGUUUGUGGAAGGAGAAGUUGUAACAGCUCUGGGAAAAACCUAUCAUCCCAACUGCUUUGCCUGCACUAUGUGCAAGCGUCCUUUUCCACCAGGAGACCGGGUUACCUUUAAUGGAAGAGACUGUCUCUGUCAAAUGUGUGCCCAACCAAUGGCAUCCAGUCCAAAAGAACUCUCCAGUUCCAGUAAUUGUGCAGGCUGCGGAAGAGAUAUAAAAAAUGGACAAGCCUUGCUAGCUUUGGACAAGCAAUGGCAUCUUGGCUGCUUCAAGUGUAAGGCCUGUGCAAAGGUCCUAACUGGAGAAUACAUCAGCAAAGAUGGUGCCCCUUACUGUGAAAAGGACUAUCAAGUUCUCUUUGGGGUCAAAUGUGAAGCAUGUCACCAGUUCAUCACUGGGAAGGUCCUAGAAGCAGGUGACAAACAUUACCAUCCAAGUUGUGCACGAUGCAGCAGAUGCAACCAAAUGUUCACAGAAGGAGAAGAAAUGUAUCUGCAAGGUUCUACAGUUUGGCAUCCCGACUGUAAGCAGUCUACAAAGGGAGAUGAAAAGCUACGGCAUUCCUCAUCUGAUUUCUUUUAUCCAAAAAGUUUGGUUCUUCGCAGGCCACGCUCUUCAGAGCCUACACGGACAUCCUCAGAGAGUAUUUAUUCUAGGCCUGGAUCCAGUAUUCCUGGCUCACCAGGGCAUACAAUCUAUGCAAAAGUAGACAAUGAGAUCCUUGAUUAUAAGGACUUAGCAGCCAUUCCCAAAGUCAAGGCCAUCUAUGACAUUGAGCGUCCAGACCUAAUUACUUACGAACCUUUUUACACUUCUGCUUACGAAGAGAGACAAGAAAGGCAGAGUCUUGGAGAGAGUUCAAGAUACGGCAGUUCCCCUGUGCAUGAUGAAAGUUCACCAAGAACACUCUCUCCAACUCCAUCUGCAGAAGGUUAUCAGGAUAUUCGAGAUCGAAUGAUACACCGGUCAACCAGUCAGGGUUCCAUUGGUUCCCCUGUAUACAGUCGUCAUAGCUACACUCCCACUAUGUCACGUUCGCCACAGCAUUUCCAUAGACCUGGCAAUGAGCCGUCCAGCGGUCGGAAUUCCCCUGCCCCUUAUCGGCCCGACAGUCGCCCUCUAACACCAACUUACGCUCAGGCCCCUAAACAUUUCCAUGUUCCAGAUCAAGGAGUCAAUAUUUAUAGAAAACCGCCUAUCUACAAACAGCAUGAUGCAGCUGCUCUGGCAGCCCAGAACAAGCCUUUUGAUGAUAUCGUCAAGUCCUCCAAGUUCCCAGCAGCCCAUGCUCCAGCACCCAACGAGAUUCCAAAGAUUGAGACAGAAUACUGGCCAGGUCCUCCCUCACUUGCGGCUGUAGUAGGCUCUGAUAUGCGACGCCGAUCCACUGGCAGAGAUGAAGACCUUGAAGAACUUCAGAGGCGUCGGCAGCUGCAGGAGGAACAAUUAAUGAAGUUAAACUCAGGUCUGGGACAAUUGAUACUAAAAGAAGAGAUGGAAAAGGAAAGGUCAUUGCUUGCCAGCAGUCGUUACGACUCUCCAGUUAAUUCAUCUUUACAUGCAUCUGCUUCUAAAACUUCUUCACUCCCUGGGUAUGGACGAAAUGGACUUCACAGGCCGAUGUCCACAGACUUUGGUCAAUACAGCAGUUAUGGUGAUGUAAGCAGUGCAGCUCGAGAUUACCAGUUCCACCCGGAUGGUCAUGUCCCUGGAAUGCGAAUGGACCGAGGAGUAUCUAUGCCUAACAUGUUGGAACCAAAGAUAUUUCCUUAUGAAAUGCUCAUGGUGACCAACAGAGGGCGAAAUAAAAUUCUAAGAGAAGUUGAUAGAACCAGGCUGGAGCGUCAUUUAGCACCUGAGGUUUUUCAAGAAAUAUUUGGCAUGACAAUACAGGAAUUUGAUAAGUUACCUCUCUGGAGGCGCAACGAUAUGAAGAAGAAAGCCAAGCUCUUCUGAAUUCUUCUGUCCUUGGGAGGGGAAAGAUCUCACGUAAUAGGAUAAUAUAUUAUAAUUAAGUCCAAACCCUUUUUGGAGAGCAAACACUCAAAAAGGUGGGGAGGGGGAAAAGGGACAAUCUGAGAAAGGCACCUAUUAAUGUCUUGAGAUUGUGCAAUGGCCUGUCAAGCUUGCCAUAGAUGGUGACAUGAAAGGUUCUUUGUUCAAAUCUCAGCCAUGGUUUUCACUCAUGAAGUUUUUACAUGGCGUAUAUAUUUAGUCUUCUGCCUUCCUCAUUUCCCCUUGACUUUUAUUCAAAGGUCAAGGACAAUAAUUGAGAAGACCCAGGAAGUGCCCAUAGGAUGCCAGCCCACAAUUAUGUGGUCAUGGACUUUCCAAGCAAUGAAUGAAUAUAUUCUGUAUUUAAGGAAGGAGUCCUGUGUAAUAUAUUUAUCCUCUGGGCACAGCUAUUACAAUUAAUUGGCCUUAUUGUCAAAUGGCUUAUUCUUUCCGCAGUACCCAUCAAUAAAACAGGCUGCUGAACGGAGGUACUUUAUUCUGCUGUGUACUGGCCAAAUUCUUUGAGAACAAGCUCCCAGCUUGCACUUGCACAUAUCUGGUAGUAAAUUGCCAUGUUUUGUUGUUGAAACUCUUUGUUCCUCCAUCUUUUCCUGCAUUAACCGAAUAUAUUUCUUGCUUUAAACCACUUGGUUGAAAAUUAACAAGAACAGCAAGCAAGUAAACCAAAAAUUGGUUUCUUAGUUUAAUUGUGAAGACGUUAUUUCAACUGUCAUGUUAAAUGUAAGCCAUAGUGAAAUGCAAUCUUAGGUUUAAUUUAGAUGUGACCUUUGCUGUGUGAGAAUCACUAUGACAUAGUAUGAUCAUACAUUGCUCUGAUUGUGCUUGAAAGUAAGCACUGUGUGGGCCAAUGUGUUGAUGUUUGUACUUUUCACGUUAAAAUAAACAAUAUUAAUCAUGUUGGUCCAGGAAAAAAAAGGUCUGUACUAGGGCAAUGUCUUAUUAGGGUCAACCAAAAGGCACAAAAUAUUGUAUGAACUUUGAAGCUCUCCAGUUCUCUUUUCAUGGUGUUACCAUAUGUUGCAGGAUCUGAUACAUGAUCAACUUUCAUAGGAUCUAGCAUAGGUAGCAUUGAAAGUAACCAUGCUGUCAUCCUUAUUGUGAAGCUGAAAGGUGAAGAGUGUUUGGUGAGAUCAGCUGAUACCAAGCAAGUCACAUCCAAUCCCAGUGGAGGUUGGACACUUUCAGAGUACUCAAUAUAGCCUGUUCCAGGAUUGGAACAGUAUUUUUCAUAUACCUAGUUCCAUCCCACUGCAAAGGUUACAUUUGAAUUUUUAAAAACAUCUACUGGAAUAGUGAACUCUGAAUUUUAUUAUGGUAUUUUAACUAUUAUACAGAGUGACUUUGCUGCUAAACAGUGACCGUUCAAGCUAUUUUCUUGUAUGCACUGAUAAUAUUGCACAAUAUUUCAUGAUAAACUAUGUUUAAUUUGAUUUUCUUCAUGUAAUCAAACACUCAUUCAUAUAAGAAGACUUGAAUUUUGUGUUCUUUUACUAUUACAGAGUUGCAAAUAUUUUUUCCCUUCUUAUUUACUAUCAGUGCCUGGGGAAAAAAAAAAAACCUUGGGCAGUUUCUGAAUCAAAUGAUCCGCUCAGCUACAUGCAGCCUUUUUUUAGAAAAUAUUGUGUGACCUGGCCUCUGUCUACCUAAAUUGCUUGGUAGGUUGUGCAUCUUCUGUAAAGGACACAUAAAAUUUACUUUGAUAGAAUCAGAAGCUGUUUUUGACCAACAAUAGGGUGCAGUGAUAUAUUAAUUUUUUACCUGAGUGAUGACUGCCACUAUAUAAAUUUUUACUUUUUCUCUUUUAAUGUGCAGUUUCUGCCUACAGUAUAAUCCUGUAUGUGUAUAUACAAUAGUUUAUACUAAUCUAGUAGUAAAAAUCCACUAAAUUCAAUGAAGCCUGCCUUCUAGUAAGUCUGUAUAGCAUAGAUGAGGAACCUGUUGCUCUCCAGAUGUUGCAAGACCCCAACUCCCAGCUUUUCUUACCAUUGGCCAUGGGGACCAGCACUUGGGAAUGUUAUUCAGCAAUAUCUGUAAGGCUACAGAUUCCCUGUCUCUUCCCUUGUUUAGAUAGUAAUUCCUAUCAGUAUAAGGUUUAUGCAGAAAGUGGUAUUUUUUGCUCUUACAUUUCAGAGCUAAGCAUAGGUGGAUUCCAGUGACCAUACUAUCUGAAUCCAUAACAGGUGAUCAAGAUACUAAUGGCUGAUCUCUUUGCUCUUACUUAACCUAUUUGUAUUAUCCCUCUAAAUUAGGCUACCAGAUCUGGUCUGCAAAAAUCUUGGGGACCACUAUGUGGAAGCAAAGAGUGAAGAGUUUUAUUUGCUGCCAUUUAGUGAUUUUUGCAGCCUAUAUACAAAAUGAUAAGGAUGAUUUUCAGCACAUUGGUACAGAUGUUUAGAAGGUUGUGUGGCAGAAUUCAUGUAAAAUGUUAACUCUGACAAAUGCUGAAAAUAAAAAAUAUUGCAAAUAGGAGGAAGAGAGGAGUGGCAUGAUCAUACUGGUGACAUGUUAUUGUUUAUGGGAAUUUAUCACCUGGCCAAAGAAAAUUUCUCUUUAGCCUAAUGCACAGCUUCCCCCAAACUGAUGCCUUCCAACCUCCCAUCUCAGGAUUAGUGUUGCUUGCUUGAUAUUCUAGGAAUUGAAAUCCAAAAUAGCUGAAGGGCACUCUUGAGGAAUAGUGGGAGGAGGAUGUCUAGGAAUCAGAAAAAUAAAUAUCUCAGGAGGGGAGGGACAGACAUGCCAUAUGACAUUUUUCAUCUUUCUAAUUCUGUCCUAUUAUCUCAAGCAAUAUUAUCAAUUAAAACAAAUUGUAGCAGUAGUCAGAAGGGUCAAGAAAACCUUAAAGUGACAACAUGUAGCUGUGUUUCAUUUCUGUAAUUUUCUGUAAUUAUGUAUUCGACUGGCCUAUUAAACUAGCUAUAAUUUAGCCAAGAGGACAAUUUGAUGAGUGAUUUACAAAGGAAUGCGCUGUUUAUCAGAGAAAUGGGGCCUUUAUCCCAAAAGCAAAUUCUGGACUGGAAGCCAAUCAACUGAAGAGAGCUAGCUGGGCUGCCUCUUCCCUGUACAUGCUGUUGCUUCAACCCAUCAACGGUUUCUGUGUGAUUAGGCAUCCUUUCUGCUUUUUUGUCCUUGGUUCAGUGCUUUUGUACAACGAGCUCUGGAUAGACAUUUGUAUCUGGUGCACAGAAAGGAUUAAAGCAGCAUAUCCUGAUUGCAGUGCAUCAAAUUAGCCAACAGCAGGCCAUAUCUGGGCUUCCUCUUUUUUUAUUCAGGAUGUUUAUAUCUUGAAAAUUGGAACAGUUGCUCCCCCCCCCCCAAGGAAUGAUAUCUCCAUAACCUUUCAUUCUUCAAUUGCAUUUUCCUAAGCUGAGCAGUAAGAGAUGUAACCUACAGCAUGGCUGCUAUUUGAAAUCAUUCCACAUAUGCUUCAAACUGACCAGGAAGCCAAGCAUUUAUUGGUUCCAACCAGAAAGAAAAUCCAGUGUUCCCUCUCAUUCUUGAUUAGCCAAUCAGCUUUGACCUAAUGAAACCUGAAUUCUAUAUUCUCACUUUCCACACAUAUUAUUCCAAGAAUAACGCCACUUUUUAACUUUCAGAAAGUAAUAUAUUCCUUGUAAAUAGACCUCCUUUAAGAGAAAUGGCUAGUUAAGACAUCAUUCCAAUGCUUUGCAAAGUACCUUGUCAUCUCUCUUACACUCUGAAACAAAAAAUAGGGUUUUUCCCCCCCCUUUUCAAGUGCAGAUGAAUCCAUGAUUGAGCAGUUAUUUUAUCCCUGACCAGUCCUGGUCUGUAAUUCCAGAAAAAAAGCCAUUCACAAAUGAAAACUUAGAGAUGAUGUGGAUGCUUCCAGAAUAACAAUUCCCAGCAUUAUUAAUCAGUAAUUGUACUCUUCUGUUGCAAAAUGCAUAUGAAAUUGCAAUUGUCUUUCUAUACGUUAAUGAAUGUGUGUUAUGCGUGUUCCACAAUUAUUUGCCAACAUGUGAGCAUGACAUACCAAUGUAAUAAGGCUGACAAUUAUGUCAGAAUAAUAAUUCUUUUAAAAUGCUUUAUUUAUUUUGUGAGGAAGUACAAUUUAUUUUGGACACUAUUUCCCAAUCACCUUAUUCAUUUUUUAAAGGCAGGCUAAAAACGGUCUCACUAUAAAUAUAAAGGACAGAAGACCAGCAAGCAUAUUUAAUGUGGUGCUAAAAUGGAGCUGAUUAGAAAAACUGAGCUUUUUCUAUCAUUUUUUUAAAAAUGUGCUAAAAUGACUUGAAGUGGUAUUGUGCAAAUAAUUCAGUUAUCUAACUUCCUACUUACCACCAUCCCCAUCCCCCACCUUAUAUGUAUCCAAAAAGACAUUUUAGCCCAAAUUUUAAGGUUUUUUUUUUAAGCAUUAAUUCAGUUGUACACUGAUGGAAAGAGUAAUACCAAAGCUGUGGUGAAUAGAUGGAUAGUGAUGUAGAAAUUCAUUUGAUAAAUUAUUGCACACAGCAAAACCACAUCUUAAAAAUGCAGGUAAAUGCCAAACAAAAAUAUGAGUAAGCAACACAUGGCUAUUGCAGAAUAAACACUGUGGAAGCACUGCAAAAUGCAGAUUAUCAUUAUGAAGGACUUAUAUAUUGUUCAACUCACCUUUGUAGUGUUGGGAAAAAAGCUUCAGAAACUUUCUAUGCGAGAAAAAAAUAAUCUCCGGAAGGAGAUUUUAUUGGUGCUUAUCUAAGAGAUUUUAUGAUGCCCACUCUUCUUUUAUGCAUUUCUUCUGCAUUUCUAAUAUCUACUAAAGAGGUAGAUAUUCUGGUUCACACCCUUUUUCAUGUUUCAAGAAUGCCAUCUUCUCACUCUGUAGCAGAAAUAUAAUGUGAAGAAAUUACAACCAGCUAAAUUGCUUUCUAAAGCAGAGCUGUUAGAAUUUUUUUUUCCUGCUUGGAAAAAUAGUGACAACUCUACAAAGACUGUCAAAUAAGCAUAGCUUAAUUCCAAAUAUAAAGUCAAAAAAUAUGAAAAAGGAUCUUCCAGAUGUUUCCUUCACUGUGAAAAAUUAUUUCUAACAGGGAGGAAUGAAUAUGUUUAGUACUGCAUGCUUAGGGUAUUCAUCCAUGUGUGAAAAUAAUGACCCAACAUGAGUUUGAUCACUGUUUUCCAGUGGCUUCUAUCUAAAACCACUAAAACUUGAGUUUUGCUGCUGUAAGGUAAAUUCAUGGCAAAUCCCUCUUCAAGAGUAAAGAUUUUCAAGAGAAUAGAUCUUACAUCCAAAUCUAAGGCUAUCAGAUUUGGGUUACAAGAAUCUGGUGAACCAUGAGUUAGAAGGAUAAGAUAUUUAAAAAUCUCUUUAUUGGCAUCUAGUGAUUUUUGCAGUCCAGAUCUGGUAGCCCUGCCUGGUUCUGUUUCUUCAAGGGGAAUGAGCACUAAUUUGCACACUAUAUUUUGCAAAGUAAUUUAUGACCCCAAAUCAGACCCAGUUGAGUCAGAUGGUAAAGGUUGAAUACUAGGCUAUUUCUCAGCCACCAAGAUUAGAGAAGAACCUGUUUAUUCAGUUAUACUGUGUAUUGUUAAUAGCAGUAUUUGCUAUACAGUAGCUUAAAUUACUGACAAUCUUUAUAGUGAUGAAGCCAUAUUCCUGAUUUUUAGGAACCAUCACUUUAAUUAAAUAUAUUUUGCUUCAAAUCUCAAGGUUUUAAUUUAUCCAUUCUUCCCAUGACCAGCCCAUUUUCAGAACUGAGAAAAAGCCUUUUUCAGAAUUUCCCUUUUUGUUUGUCUCUCCCCCCACCUUUUUUUUUUUUUUGGUUAUGGAACAGCUCUGAUUAAGAGCCUUUGUUGAAAAAGAAAGUCACCAAUGCCUGUUGAUAGAGUUAAAUCUGCUUCUUUGCAAAAUGAACAUUGGCCAUUGUUGCUGUUCAUGCUGUUUGCAAAUGUCACCCUGAUGCCACUAUAAUCUACAUUGCUGUUGUACUCAAACCAAGUAGAUGAAUAAAGUUUAAAACUUUAUUCUUA